GAUCAGCUGAUCAACAUCAAAAGCUGACCACGGCAUUUUUUCGGCGGUUUUUGUGAUUUUUGAUAUUUUCAUUACAAAUUUUUUUACUUUCAACAAACAAAAAAAGAUGUCAAAUAUUGGCACAUUAUGUACGUGUAGAUAUUUUCUAAAAAUUGCCUAUAUUGGAACCAGAUACAAAGGUGUACAACGACAAACACGACGAUGUAAUAUUAUCAAUGAUGAUGAUAAUGGCGAUGGCGGUGGAUUUGCCAAUCGAAACAAACCCAAAAACAUUAACAACGAUGAAGAUGGUACCAUUCAAGCGGCUAUCGAAAAUUCAAUGAAUCGUGCAUUAUGUCCAGUAUAUGGUGUCCGGCUGGCAUUAAGUUCACGUACUGAUUCGGGUGUUCAUGCUAUAAUGAAUACAGCAAAUGUUGAUCUAACACAUCCAUUACCGGAUACUAUUUAUCGUCCAACAUUUAUAUUAUCGGCCACAAAUCGUUUACUUUCAUAUUCUGGUCACGAUAUAACAAUUUCAGAUGUACGUUUAGUUUCAUCAACAUUUCAUAGCCGUAUUAAUGCAAAAUAUCGUUCAUAUAAAUAUCGUUUUGCUACGUUUUUUCCGAACAACAACAACAACAAUCUUAAUAAUAAUAAUAACCGAAUUAAUGGCCAGAUUCAACAACAACAAAUUCAAUAUGAUCAAUAUCGUUCAUUAUUACCGAUAACUUGGAUAAAUCGUUGCCAUAUUGUUUCCGGACCAUUAAAUAUUUCGGCAAUGAAUGAUUGUUGUUCAUUGUUUCAUGGUCGUCAUAAUUUUUGUAAUUUUACAACACUUUCAUCCGAAAAUCGUUAUCGUGAUCCAAGAAAAACUAUUGAAAAAUUUCAACUUUAUAAACUUCCUAUCGAUACUAUCGAUAGUAGUGGUAUUAUCGAUAGUAAUAAUGAAAUUUAUAAAAUUGAAUUUUAUGAAUUUUUUAUACAAGCUAAUUCAUUUCUUUAUAAUCAAAUUCGUCGUAUGAUUGCAGCAAUUAUUGAUGUUGGUUGUGGUCAUAUUAGUAUUGAUGAAUUACGAUCAAUGUUACCGGAAAAUGUUGAUGAUGAUGAAGAGGAAAUUACAAUGAUGUCACGACGUCAUCCAAUAUCCAAUGAUAUUUAUAAACGAUUAUCAACUAUGGUACCGGCUUGUGGUCUUUAUCUAGUCGAUGUUGGUUAUGAUGAACAAGAUUUUAAACUUGAUGAAAAUUUCAAUGAUUAUUCACCAAAAACUGUUUAUUAUAAUGAAAAAUCA